CAAUAAAAGCUCGAUUUGCCUCGUGCGGAACCAAAUCGUGCACUGCAGCGUAAGCGUCGAAGACGAGCAUUUCGACAAUAAACAAUUGACGCUCGCAAACUGCCAGUGCCGGAAGAAAGACAUUCUGUACCUUUGACUUAAUUUUAUAACUAUAAAAAAUUCUCUAUAAAAACAUCGAAAAAUGUCCAAAGAUUAUGCGAAACAGGAUCUGUCGAUUCAAACCACGUAAGAUCUAAUGCAAUAAUGCGUCACCACGUUUCUAAAGAUGUUUUUAUAGAGAAUUUUUUAUAGUUAUAAAAUUAAGUCAAAGGUACAGAAUGUCUUUCUUCCGGCACUGGCAGUUUGCGAGCGUCAAUUGUUUAUUGUCGAAAUGCUCGUCUUCGACGCUUACGCUGCAGUGCACGAUUUGGUUCCGCACGAGGCAAAUCGAGCUUUUAUUGCAUUAUGGCCCAAUUUACCGCAAGUGAAUAUACGGAUAUGAUUAUCACGUAUGGAAUGGCGGGCGAAAAUGCAUUGGCCGCGGAACGCUUAUACGCGGAAAGAUUCCCCGAACGUCAACAUCCGUCGCGAAGAACAAUCUUACGAAACGUCCAAAGAUUGCGAGAAACGGGGUCUCUCCUUUCAAAUGUACGACCCGGAAGAGCAGUGCAUCUGCACGUCCGCGACGAGGAACGGAUUCUACGGGAAUUUGAGAGAAAUCCCGGAUACAGUGUGCGUCGAGCAGCAAAUACACUCGGCAUAUCCAAGGAUGUAAUACAUCGCACAUUACGGAGGAACAGACUGCAUCCGUAUCAUUACCAACGGGUGCAGCAGCUUCUUCCCGGCGAUUUACAAUCGCGCGUCUUUUUUUGUGAAGGUAUUUCUAUUAUUUUUAUUUGACAUUUGCAGUGUAUUUAUCGCCUAUUCGUCUUAAUUAUCAGUGAAAUACGUAUAGGGUUCCUCGCGCAGUGUCGGCGGAAUAUUUCCUUCCCCGACUGCAUCCUGUGGACGGACGAGGCCACCUUCACACCGAACGGCGUGUUUAAUUCACGCAACUUCUUGCAAUGGCAAGAUGAAAAUCCGCACGCCGUUCGAGAAGGCGCAUUCUAAUAUCGUUGGAGCAUAAAUGUUUGGGCUGGCGUAAUUGGAAAUCGAGUGGUGAGUACAUCUUUUAUUUCAGCUUUUAUUUCAACUUUUCUUCCGCCGCGGCUAAACGGACCACUGUACGUGGCUUUUAUUCAGAAUGAACUUCCAUUGCUCCUUGAAGAUGUUCCCCUCGACAUACGGCAGAAGUUGAUUUAUCAACACGAUAGAGCUCCUGCACAUUACAGCAGGCAAGUGCGAGAUAUUUUAGACGCGCGUUUUCCGGACAGGUGGAUGGGUCGAGGUGGCCCAAUCAUCUGGCCGGCACGGUCGCCUGAUUUAAAUGUAUUAGAUUAUUUCGUAUGGGGGUAUAUUAAAAAUGCGAUAGAGCACCGGCGUGAUGGUGCAGAACAAGAAGUCCGUGAAGCUAUUGUUGCGGCCUUCGAUACCAUCACGCCGGACAUGGCGUACCGUGCGACGCGCAAUAUUGGUCGAAGAGCCGAAAUCUGUGUACAA